GCGAAGACGGCGCUGGGCGCGGGGUAGCGGGAGGCCCCGAGCGGGCGAGCGCCGAACCAAGCCCCGGCGCCCGGGAGCGAUGCUGCCGCUCCUGGCCGUCUUGUGCGUCUUCUCGGGAGCCGGGACCUCCUUCGCGCAAGUUCUCCAGACCCGCUUCACGGAGGAACCCGAGGACCAGACCGUAGUGGCUGGGCAGCGGGUGGUGCUGUCCUGCGUGGUGCUGAACUACUCCGGGAUUGUGCAGUGGACCAAAGAUGGCCUGGCUCUGGGAAUGGGGCAAGGCCUCAAAGCCUGGCCACGCUACCGGAUCAUUGGGGCUACUGACUCCGGCCAGUUCAACCUGGAGAUCACCGACGCGGAGCUCUCCGACGAUGCCUUGUAUGAGUGCCAGGCCACAGAGGCUGCCCUGCGAUCGCGACGUGCCAAGUUGACAGUCCUCAUUCCUCCCGAAGACCCUGUGAUUGACGGGGCCCCUGAGAUCCUUCUCCGCGCAGGCACACCGCACAACCUCACCUGCCGGGCACAAAACGCCAAGCCCGCAGCCACGAUCGUCUGGUUCCGCGAUGGGUUGCUCCAGUCUGAAGCUGCCACCGCCACGGAAGUCUUGAUGGAUGGAAAAAGACAGACCACCAUUAGCCAGCUGCUCAUCACGCCCACUGACCUGGACAUCGGGCGAGUCUACGUGUGCCGUUGCAGCAACGAUGCCAUCCCUGCGGGCAAGGAGGCCUCCAUCAAGCUCAACGUUCACCACCCUCCGACGGUGACGCUGUCCAUUCAGCCACAGACGGUGCAGGAAGGAGAAAGAGUCACCUUCACCUGCUUGGCCAAUGCCAAUCCGGAGAUCAAAGGCUACCGGUGGGCCAAAGGUGGAACGAUUAUCGAGGAUGCCAAGGAGAGCAAGUACGAGACACAGGUGGACUACACCUUCUUUACGGAGCCCGUCUCUUGUGAAGUGCGCAACGACGUGGGCAGCACCAACGUUAGCACCCUGGUGGAUGUCCACUUUGCUCCUCGGAUCGUGGUGGAUCCAAAGCCCAUGACCACUGACAUCGGCUCGGAUGUUACCUUGACCUGCGUGUGGACCGGGAACCCUCCCCUGACCCUCACCUGGGCCAAGAAGGAAUCCAACAUGAUACUCAGCAACAGCAACCAGCUGUACCUCAAGUCCGUCACACAGGCAGACGCGGGGCUAUACGUCUGCAAGGCCAUUGUGCCACGGAUCGGGGUGGGUGAGCGCGAAGUGGCCCUCUUUGUCAACGGUCCUCCUAUAAUUUCCAGCAAUUCCGUCCAGUAUGCUGUGCGGGGCGACCGAGGGAAGGUGGAAUGCUUCAUUGGGAGCACCCCCCUCCCCGACCGAAUAGCGUGGGGCUGGAAGGAGAACGUCCUGGAGGCGGGCACUCUGGAGCGCUACACCGUGGAGCGGAGCAACACCGACGACGGGGUGCUCUCCACCCUCACCAUCAACAACGUGAUGGAGGUGGACUUCCAGACGCGCUACAACUGCACCGCCUGGAACACCUUUGGUCCGCGGACGGCCAUCAUUCAGUUGGAGGAGAAAGAGGUUUUGCCAGUGGGCAUAAUUGCGGGUGCCACCAUUGGAGCCGGUAUUUUGCUCAUCUUCUGCUUCAUUGCGCUGGGCUGUUUCCUGUACCGACGUCGCAAAGGGAGCCGAAAAGAUGUGACCCUGCGCAAGUUGGACAUCAAAGUGGAGACGGUGAACCGGGAGCCCCUGACGCUGCACACGGACCGUGAGGAGGACACGGCCAGCGUCUCCACCGCAACGCGCGUCAUGAAAGCCAUUUACUCGUCAUUCAAGGACGACGUGGACCUGAAGCAGGACUUGCGUUGUGACACGGUUGACACACGGGAAGAAUAUGAGCUGAAGGAUCCAACCAACGGCUACUACAAUGUCCGUGCCCACGAGGACAGGCCCUCUUCCCGCACGGUGCUCUACACGGACUACCGCACCACUGGCCCAGCUCGCUACGAUGCUCGGCCAUCCUCGCGCCUCUCCCAUUCCAGUGGCUACGCCCAGCUCAGCACCUACAGCCGUGGCCCUGCCUCGGAAUACAGCGGCGACCCGGUCCCGGGGCCCACACCGGGCACGGCCACCACCGACACGGCCAGCCAGCUGUCCUACGAGAACUAUGGGGGGCACACAGGCUUCCCCCCGAGUGCCGGCUAUGCCACCUACCGCCUUGGCUAUACGCAGCCUCCACCGCCCGCCCUGGACCGGGCAGCCUACGACACGUACGACCCCCUGGGGAAGUACACCACGGCAACCCGCUUCUCGUACACCUCCUCGGACUACGGACAGCGUUUCCAGCAGCGUAUGCAGACUCACGUCUGAACCGGGAGUUAAGUCCUGGUGGGGUGCAGGUACCUCAUGACUGUCCCCUGAUAUUCAGGGGGCUCUUUCCUCCCCCCCCCCCGGCCUCCCUCCAGGCUGGACUUGUAGACAAUGCAGCGUGGCACCUCCUCCCCGGCUGAGGACAGUCCAGCAGCAGCAGCCGCCCGGCCCAGCGUUUUGUACGGUUUCUUCCUCUGCUGCUUUUGCUCUCUGAGGGUCCUUCUGCAAGGGUCCGGUUCCUCCAGAUGCCCUUCCGCGAAAGGGUCCCCUUUCCUCUUUGUAAAGGACAGAUACGUGGGGGAGGGUAAUGGGCAAAGUCAGACACCGAGCAGUGAUUUUCUCCAUCCUGCCUCUGCUGAAACUUCUAUUCCAUUUUAUUACAAGAAGAGGCACCCAGUGGCAGGAUCAGACGAAAGCAGCGGGCAAUGUCCUACUCCUGGCACUGGUGACAAUAGCAGGGGGCCAGCCCCAUUCGGUACUCUGAGACCUUGGGGGUGGAGGUAGCUGCCAAGUGGGGGGCAUCUGUCAGUUUUUAGCCCUGUCUCCCUGGACAAGCCAGGGUCAGGGCUGUCUGUGGUACAACAGCCUUAAAACCACCCUCAAAAGCUGGUCUGCACAGGGGGCAACACCUGGCUGGGAAUUAUCGAAGCUAAAAUCUGUACACCUUGCGGAGCCCCUUUUGCUGAAGGCUGAUGGAGUGAAAAUUCUGCCCGUCUCAGCCACAACUGAGAAUUGUGCAAAUAUUGGUACGAAAUGGACUCCUUGGGGGGGAUUUCCCUCCUCUCCCCCUUUCAGGAAGGUGUUAAUGAAACCUGCACCCCAAGUGGGUCCUGGAUGGAGCAGUUGUGGAAGAGCAGGAGAGGGAAGUGGGGGAUCCUAGAAGUUGCUCGCAGGUGCACCCCCCUCGCCCGCUAAAGGGCCACUCAGGACCAAGCGAACCUGCCUUCCAGACCAGAAUCAUUUCUUCCAGCUAGGGCUCCUUCUGGAGCAGGAAAUGGAAGCUAGAGCAGGACAUGGCACUGUGGGUUCCCCCCCAAGCCUUCUGCCAUGGCAGCCGCUCUGGAGGAAGCCCCUUCUGCCCCCCCCCCCAGGGCCUGCUCCUCCUCUGCAGCUGCCCUGGCUUUCCGCUCUCAGGGGCAGCCUGGUUGCAGGACUGGCUGGGAUGACUGGAGGGGGAGUGGUUGUGCAGGAGACUGGACCUUUGGAAGGUUUGUGCGGGACACACUGUCCGUUCUCCUGCACCCCCCACACCCCCCACGGCUGCAUUCUGAGGGCCAGACCUCACAGGAGCCUCUCCCCUCUUCCUGGAAAUGAGGCCUGCCCCCUCCCCAGGAGGUGGGCCCAAGUUUUUUCCCGCUCUUU